UCCCUACAUUUAUUGCUUCUUCAUUGUCUAUAAACUCUGCAUUCCGUCCCGUCGCAUUGCCAAUAAAAGCGACAGACGCAACGAUGGAUCUCGCCUACAACCCUCAUGCGGAGCGCGCUCGCCGGAAGAACCGAAGCAGCACGAACCUACACCAUCUGUCCCUCGCUCCACUCACCACCAAGAUCCCCAUUCACGACGUCGACGCGUCGGCAUUCCACGACGCUUCGCUCCUAGCCCCUCAGCGCAGCACAUCCUACCUGCAGGGAAAGUCGGCCCCGACGACGCCUCGACUUCUCUCCCACUCGCCGGCUGGGCCGCGGUCGCGCUCGCGUCACAGACGGACACCCUCAGCCCCAGGGGUCCACGUCCCCAAUGUGUCCAAGAGCAAAUCCACGACGCACCUUCUCGGCGCACAUGGUCAGAAAAAUGGGUCAAUGGCAUCCAGGCACCGCGGAAAGGAUGAUCUCGAGUUGCGCGACCGCUCGGACAGCGAUUGGCUUCUACGGACAGGCGCCUUGAUGAGUACGGAGGCGAGAGAAUACAAGGGCCAGUCGUGGCUCGUGUCGCGUCAGAGCUCGACGAGCCUCGUGGCCAUGCGCGACGAGGAUGAUGAGGCCCUCGAGGAGGAGCUAGCCGCUGAGCGCGAGAGGGCGAGCAGGCUGGCCAGCCGACGGGGCAGCUCGGCUGCUGGGUUGGAUGAGGAUGCUGGCUCCAGGAUGGGGAGCCGAUAUGUCAGUCGUCACGCCAGUCGCGCCCAAAGCCGAAGCCAUAGCCUGGCCGGCCUGCGGAGCGCGGCGAUGACGCCAGGGGACCGUGAUGGGGAAUCCUACUUCCCAGCCGAGCAGGAGGGCCCCGACUUUGUCGACUUGGACGAGCGAUUGGAAGAAUUAGAGCAGGACACCUCGGCGGCGGACGAUGCUGCGGUGAGGAGGUUGGUGCAAUACGGGACCUCGGGUGGUGCCUCAUGGAUCAGCAACAUGAUUGGGUGGCGCCUCUUCUCGGUCGAGGAGAAUGACGGGGAUUCCGAUGAAGAGGUCGACUCGUCGACAGAUGCGGCCUCGCAGACCACUGGUCGCAGCGGUCUGUCUUUCCGGCACGUGGAGGGCGUGACCAACUAUGCUGGCGAGAACAUCCAGCCGCCUAGGAAGGAUGAAAGUGCUUGGGGUGAUGCUGCGUGGCUGCUCGGCGUGGCCACCAAGGUCAUCUUCUAAACGUGGCUCCUACUUGCUGUACAAAGAGUUUCGAGACCCGCUGGCGUGGAAGCUCCUGUUAUGACUCUACGAUAUAAUGCUUAAUACAUCAAUCACACUUUCACCGAGACGCACGCCGGACAGGUCACCUGCGAACAAAGACGCAACACCGCGUGCUUGGCAACUUGCUCGCGGCCAGACUAGACUAGUGUCUAUGUGCAACCACACGAUCGGACACGCUUCAGCGCAAGAUCCGGUGCCUGCAAAAGGCCUGCGUGCGUCGAGAAGACGGUGCUACGCACAAUGACGUCCUCUGCGUGUAGGUAUC